UUCUUGGAGCUUGGAGCCAAUGUACAGUCCGAGUUGGCAUCUUCCAUUUCCCUUCGUCCAUCGACGACCAGAAAGCUACCAGCAAUGACGAUUUUCUUCGCCGAUUCUCAAAUCUCCUCCACCACAGCAUCCGCUCAAGACCCUUUGUUGCCUUGGCUCUGGUCUAUCAAGGGUGCUCUUGAAAAUUCAACUUCAGGCAAUGUUUCUGGGUCAGAACUCGCCAAGCUUCUCUCCGAUUGCAUUGGAAAUUUCAGCGGCAAUGUCAAGUACAAAAACGAUGUUCGAUUUCUCAAGAUUUGGUUUCUCUCUAUUGGUAUGAGGGAGGAUUUUGAAACUGGGUUCAAGGAAUUGUUGGAGCAGGAGAUAUGCAUUGGCAAUUCUUUACUUUAUAUUUGGUUGGCAGCGUUUCUCGAAUCCAAGGGGAGGUUGAACGACGCUAACAUAGUUUAUGAGCUUGGGUUGAUGAGGAACGCUGAGCCCCUUGAGUGGCUGAAAAAGGCAAAAAGAUUGUUUAUUGAUAGGAUAUCUGAGUUGGUCAAUACUCAUUCAAUGCAAGUGAAUGAUGUCAGUGAAUCCACUAAAUUUGCAGAAAGUUACAUCAACCCUUGGUCUUCCUCCAUUAUGAACGAUUUAUUAAACAAGAUUAAUCCAAAGAUUAUGAAGUAUGAUGGUUACCAUUCAAGUACCAAAGCUUACUCUAAGAAGAUGAAUCUAAAGUCAUUGCGCAAUUCAUCAAGAAAUAAGAUUAUUGAGAUUGGUGGAAAGAAGUAUGAGAUUAAAGGUUGUGCCGGUACAGGUGGUUUUGCUCAAGUAUAUAAAUCAUAUCUUGACAGCAACCCGGAUGAUGUAGUGGCACUGAAGAUACAAACACCUCCUUUUCCUUGGGAGUUCUACAUGUAUCGUCAACUUGAUCUACGUGUCGCUGCUAAGGAAAGGUCAAGUUUUGGUUGUGCUCAUGCCAUGUAUCUCUAUUCUGACUACAGCAUACUUAUAUGUGAUUACUUGGCUAAUGGAACAUUGCAGGAUGCCAUAAAUUCGUAUGUAGUUCUUGGAAAGACAAUGGAAGAAGUUUUAUGCAUUUAUUACACCAUAGAGAUGCUCUACAUGCUAGAAACUUUGCACAGCAUUGGCAUUAUCCAUGGGGAUUUUAAACCGGACAAUCUUCUUGUUCGUUAUGCGGGUGAAAACCUAACAGAAGAUGAUUUUCAGGAUCGUCGUGGUCCUUGGCAAGAUCAGGGGCUUUGCCUUGUUGAUUGGGGAAGAGGUAUAGAUUUGCAACUCUUUCCCGAAAAUGUAGAAUUUAAAGGAGAUUGCCGAACUUCCGGCUUUCGUUGUCCAGAAAUGCUAGAGAAUAGACCUUGGAAAUAUCAGGUAGACAUCUAUGGCUUAUGUGUAGUCGUCCACACAAUGCUUCACGGUUCCUACAUGGAAGUUGAGAAAAAGGCAUCAUCCGAUGGUGACUUUGUUUAUUUACCCAAAUCAUCUUUUAAGCGGUAUUGGAACAUUGAAUUAUGGAAGAAUCUGUUCACGAAGUUGCUUAAUAUCACACCAGGUCAAUACAACAAAGAGUUGUUGCAGAGUUUAAGGAAAUCUUUCCAGGAUUACAUGUGCUCCAAUCCUCAACUUAUAAGGAAGUUAAAGGAAUUACUUGUAAAACAAAGAGCUUCCUUGUGUACUUCUUAAUCUAGAACCUCCUCUUGAAUAUAUGUAAAUUCCCAAAAAAAAUGUAGGUGGUUCAUGUCUGCCUCUAGCAAACUUAGAUUAGCUCAUUGCUCUCAUGAUGAAAUGUUUGUAUUCUUUUUUCUUGUCUGUAUUAUUAAAAACAAAAAAAGUUAGAAGAGUUGUAACUAAGUGGUUUCUUUGAAAUACUGUGUCUUGUGGGGUUCAUUGUUUAUCCUAAAGGUAAGCUGUAAUGUAGUAGGUUGCAGAUAUUCAUUUAGAUUAUAUAUACACACACAUAUGUUGUU